CAAGUCCGUGCAUACCACGGCAUCGGUCACUGCCUCAGUGGCACCCCACAUGCACACACGCACACAUAAAGGGUGUGACAAGGUGACAGCAGCGUGCAUACCGCAACCGCAGGUUGGAUACAUUCUUCCCCCCGUUUGGAUUCCUUAUUUUCAUUUUUCUUUUUUUAAAUACAAACACCGCCAUUAUGUUGUGGACGGCGAGUCAAGUCAUAAGGAAAUUCUCCACCUCAUCCCAUUACUACCAGAAUAAGCUCAAACUAGCUAUAAUCGGUCAAAGCCUGUUUGGCCAGGAGGUGUACAGCAACCUGAGGAAACAGGGUCACAAAGUUGUGGGCGUGUUCACAGUCCCUGACAAAGAUGGCAAAGCAGACCCCCUCGCGGUGGCAGCAGAGAAAGAUGGGACACCGGUUUUCAAGUUUCCGAGGUGGCGAGUCAAGGGGAAGCCCAUAUCGGAGGUGGUGGACGCAUAUAAAGCCGUCGGUGCCGAGCUGAAUGUCAUGCCUUUCUGUUCCCAGUUCAUCCCCAUGAAUAUCAUCGACCACCCCAAGCAUGGCUCCAUCAUCUACCACCCCUCCAUUCUGCCCCUGCACAGAGGAGCCUCUGCCAUCAACUGGACCCUGAUCCAUGGUGAUAAAAAAGCUGGCUUCACAGUCUUCUGGGCUGAUGAUGGACUGGACACCGGCCCCAUUCUCCUGCAGAGAGAAUGUGCUGUUGAGCCAAAUGACACGGUGGACACGCUGUACAACCGCUUCCUCUUCCCAGAGGGCAUAAAAGCCAUGGUGGAAUCAGUGCAGCUCAUUGCUGAUGGAAAGGCGCCUCGCAUUCCUCAGACAGAAGAAGGAGCGAGCUACGAGGGCAUUCAGAAGAAAUCCAACUCCAGGGUUAACUUGGCCCAGCCAGCUGAGGCCAUCCACAACUGGAUUCGUGGACAUGACAAAGUCCCUGGGGCUUGGACUGUCAUUGAUGGGCAGUCUGUGACUCUUUAUGGCUCAUCCAUUUUGGGGGGGUCUGCACCAGCCGGUCAGCCUUUGGAAAUCGAGGGGGCUUCCCAACCUGGCAUUGUUACAAAGAACGGGUUGGUCCUGUACGGAACUGACGGGAAGGCUCUCCUGGUGAAGAACCUGCAGUUUGAGGAUGGAAAGAUGAUCCCUGCCUCCAAGUAUUUCUCUGCCGGAGAAAGCUCCAGCGUGGAGCUGACCGAUGAUGAAAAGAAGAUGGCAGAAGAAAUUAAGAACAUCUGGAAGGGCAUCCUAAGCAAUGUACCUGCCAUUGAGGACACCACAGAUUUCUUUAAGUCUGGAGCUGCCUCCAUGGAUGUGGUUAGGUUAGUGGAGGAGGUGAAGCAGAAGUGUGCUGGUGUCCAGCUACAGAAUGAGGACGUGUACAUGGCCACCACCUUCCAGGACUUCAUCCAGAUGUUUGUCCGCAAAUUCAGAGGAGAGGACCAGGAGGAGGAGCUGGACAUUGACUAUGCAACCAAAGAUGUGAACAACAUGACACUGAAAAUGCCCUUCCAGUGUUUUAUUGAUGGCAAGUUUGAGGAUGCAGAAAACGGCAAGACUUAUGACACCAUUAAUCCUACUGAUGGAUCUGUGAUCUGUAAGGUGUCCUACGCCUCAGUGGGAGAUGUGGAUCGGGCUGUGGCUGCUGCCAAAGAAGCUUAUGAUAGCGGACCAUGGGGCAAGAUGAACCCCAGAGACAGAGGGAGUCUCCUGUACAAGCUUGCAGACCUGAUGGAAGAGCACCAGGAAGAGUUGGCCACUAUAGAGUCUAUUGACUCGGGAGCUGUUUACACACUCGCCCUUAAGACACAUGUAGGCAUGUCUAUCCAGACUUUCCGCUACUUUGCUGGCUGGUGUGACAAGAUACAGGGUAAAACAAUCCCUAUCAACCAAGCCAGGCCCAACCGCAACCUGACUUUCACUAAGAAAGAACCUCUGGGUGUUUGUGCCAUUGUCAUCCCGUGGAAUUACCCUCUCAUGAUGCUGGCUUGGAAGAGUGCAGCCUGCCUGGCAGCAGGAAACACACUUGUUCUUAAACCCGCACAGGUUACUCCACUGACUGCUCUAAAGUUUGCUGAGCUUUCCGUGAAAGCCGGUAUUCCAAAAGGAGUCAUCAAUAUUUUGCCGGGCUCUGGUGGAAUGGUAGGACAACGUCUGUCGGAUCACCCAGACAUUCGCAAGCUGGGCUUCACUGGCUCCACGCCGAUUGGUAAACAGAUCAUGAAGAGCUGUGCGGUCAGUAACCUCAAAAAGGUCUCUCUGGAGCUGGGAGGGAAAUCACCUCUUAUCAUUUUCAGUGACUGUGACAUGGACAAGGCUGUUCGUAUGGGCAUGAGUUCUGUGUUUUUCAACAAGGGUGAGAACUGCAUAGCUGCUGGACGCCUGUUUGUGGAGGAAUCCAUACACGAUGAGUACAUUAGUCGAGUGGUGGAGGAGAUCAAGAAAAUGAAAAUCGGAGACCCUCUAGAUCGGUCUACAGACCACGGCCCACAGAACCACAAAGCCCAUCUGGAAAAACUGCUGGAGUACUGCGAGAUGGGGGCAAAGGAGGGAGCCACACUGGUGUAUGGAGGCAGACAGGUGGACAGGCCAGGUUUCUUCAUGGAGCCCACUGUUUUCACCAAUGUUGAGGACCACAUGUUCAUCGCCAAAGAGGAGUCUUUUGGCCCCGUCAUGGUGGUGUCCAAGUUCAAAGAUGGCGAUGUGGAUGGCGUGCUUCACAGAGCCAAUGACACUGAGUACGGCCUGGCCUCGGGCGUGUUCACCCGCGACAUUAAUAAGGCCAUGUAUGUGAGCGAGCGGCUGGAGGCCGGAACCGUCUUCGUUAACACAUACAACAAGACCGAUGUCGCCUCACCCUUUGGAGGUUUCAAGCAGUCAGGCUUCGGCAAAGACCUCGGAGAGGACGCCCUCAUGGAAUAUCUCAAGACCAAAGCAGUCACUGUGGAGUACUGAGGCUCAGGCUCCCCCAGCGAACUCUGAUCCACAUCUGUACAGGAAAGGAACUGGUCAGUCUGUGCGGGUCAGACAUCCAGCAUUCAGGGUGCUUCUGCACAGCCAUUUUCCAGUCAGUGUGUGUGUGUGUGUGCAGAGGUGCGUGGUCAUGAGUACUGUCUUAGUUCAUUUUGUCCACAAAUUUGGACAAGGUGCCUGUCUUUUGCUUGGUUUUCUUUAAACAUUCACAUGAAUCUUGAAUAAGGGAAGAAAAUGUUAUCUCUUUUUUCUUUUUCUUUUUUUAUUCUUCCUUCUGGAUCAAACUUCAGCUGGACACUGCCCCGCCUAUUGUGAGCCAAGCUGUUUGUAUUUCAGUUCUUUAGAAAAAAGCAUUAAAGAAACACAAAAGUGGGCUUUACAUAUAAAACAAAAAAUCACUCCUUUUUCCUCCUGGAACCUCUGUUGUUCUGUUAUCUUUAUUGAUUCUAUCCAUACUACAUCACCCUUUCCUUAUUUCCCCCUGAUGCUGCCUUCACUGUUUAACUCUUUUUUUUUUUCUCUCAUUACCGGACGAAUUGUUGUGUACAUAAAUAUCUCUUUGAUGUGGAUGUAUAGUUGAUUUCUGGUUGAAUUUGGGAGAUUGCUUGUAUUCACGUGAUGUAACAUGCACCUUAUUAGUUUUGCAUAGCACAAAGUGGUGGUCAACCUAACUCACUGUAGACCAGAGUGUGUGUAGCAAACAUUUACUUGAAUACUGCAAGAUGCCUUAUAUUUGUAAUUUUUGGGUGUUCCAGUGGUUAGAAUAGUGAGGUUACUUUCGGGUUCCUCAUAAAGUCAUAAAAAAGGGAGAGUAAGACAAUGAUUUUAUGAAAAGACAAGUGGUUUGCAAAUCUUUGCGAAGUUUGCGGUCAGUUGCUAAACAGAAAUCUUACAACAAUAUAAGUUAAACUUAUUUUAACCUGCGCUAAUGUUUAUCCUUCCUUCAUCAGGAUGUUCUAGCAAACUUUAUGAUGAAGAUGACCUCAAACAGAUGUAGAAACAAUGAUACACCAAACACCAAAAUGGGGUUUAAAUGAGCAGAAACCAUGUAGGAUUUGUCAUGGAGGGUCCUAAUCUUAAUUGCUUUCACCCACACAGGGCUCAAAAUGAACAGAAACUACAGAUAGAGACAUAGUAUUAUAAUGGAAACACACAAAACAGUGUACCCUCAUCAUACCGCUCAAUGGAAACGGGGCUAAAGUCCCCCAAUUAGGAGACUUCAAGCUAUAAAGAUUAAAGGCUUCCAAGCUUUUCCAAGCUUUUGAUGUAUCAUCUGAAGCACCAGAUAGUUUGAGUAUAUUGGGGAACUAAAUCAGGUAUUUCUUAAAUUCAAAGCUGAUAGUUGCAGUGUGUAACAAAAUCAAAGGCCAAUGAGAGAAAAGUGUUAUAUAUUGUAUUAUAUAUUGUUAUAUAUCAUCUUUGCUAAAAUACUUGUGUUAUUCUCUUCAAAUGAGCCAUUUAUAUCUACUUGCUGUGGGUUCACAUACAUGGCAGCUGCCAUAUUUGUGCCACCAUUUUUUCUACGGUGUCUCUGAAUGGACAAACAACUAGAAGUGAGAACCUCUGAGCUUUAAAACUGCAGUACCGGCUGUGUUUGAUAGAUGCUAGAGCACCGUUAGGGAUAAGUAACGCCUUAAACGGCACAUGGAAGAAGAUGGUACACAUGUAAACAAUGUUGAAGUAGUUACCUGUAGUGCGGUCAUCGCUGCACCUGAGGAAACUGGAUCCACUCACAAAUUAAAACAUAUUAAUGUCUGGAAGAAUUUUGGACACUGACGACCACUGUCCUUUCAAAACUAUACAUGGCAUUUUACGUAGUUUAAUUCCCAUUUUUACCACUAGAUGUCAGUAAUUCUUACACACUGUACCUUUAAAUAUUUCUUUGAAAACCCUAAGUAUCUAUAACAUCACAUUGCUUGUUUUUACACUCUCUAGUGUGUAGCUAUGUCUAAAUUUUGAAAACACUUGCAACAUCUCACAUCUUACUUUGCACAUUAGCCAUUUUUGUUUGUUUGACCACCACUUUUUUCCCUGGGAAGUUGGGCAUGCAAAAGCCACGUGAAUGAAUACAAGCAAAUUAAGGCUCACUCAGGACUGGACUGGAUGUCAUGAAUGAAGUUUUCUUCCCUGGCCAGAACUCAACAAAAGAAGAGCAUUAAACUAAGAGAACCGGAAAAGUAUUAAUUAAUUAAAAUUAUUCAUCAAAUAAGGUCAUUCUGGCGGUGGUUUUGAUCGACUUAAGUCUUAAUGAGGUUGCAGAAGGCAUUUCACGUCUAAGCACUCUGACAUUUUAGUUUAGACUUUUAGAAUCCUUUAAAUUGUAAAUGCACAUUUCAUUUCUGAGAUUUGGUUGCUCUGUUAUUCUUACAAUGUCUGAGCAUCCAUGAACAAUUUAGCUAGGAGCUCUGUACAGCACUGGCUUGUUUUGGUUGUAUUAGAAAUUUAAAAAAAAAGGGAUCAGAAAUUGUAAAACAUUAUUUAAUAUCUAGUUCUUAGAAAAAUUAUUUUAGAAAUGUUCUGCUGAUGGGGCUCAGAAUGUACAAUUUGUCAUAUAUGAUCAGGAAAUAAAACAUGAAAAGCCUUAUUUUUCAUAUCAUUCAAAGAAGGUAUGCACACACAAAAUAUUGUGAAAAUGCAGUAUUGAAUUGUCACUAGAGAAAGCUGUUGUCAGCCAUCUUUAUUUUAACUCCACCCUCAUGUUCUGGUUGUUUCCAGCAUCCUAAACUAAAUGAUGACAUUCACUCUCUCCUUCCUUUGUCAAAUCUGACUUUAUUUGUAAAUAUUAUUUUCACAAAACCAGGAUUAAAAGGAGUAUUUAAUAUAUUUUUGACACUGUAUUUGUCAUAGAAAAAAUGUAUAUGUUAUAACCCUUUUUUGACACACCAGCUAGGCGUUUUUAUUCAUCACUGAUGUGAAAAAGUUUUGAAAUAUUUCUAUAAUGUUGUGAUUCCAGGCAGCAAGGGCUACGAAGCAGGUGUUGACUCUCCUUUGAAAAGAUGAGAGCUGUCCCCUCAAUAAACAGUAUUUCAUUCAGCAGUGUCAGUGUUUAAAAUCAUCUUUGAUUUUAUUUCAUUUGUGAAAGGAUGAUGAUAUAAAUUUUGUUCACAAGCUCAUUCAAGAUUUGGUAUUUUUAGUACAAUUCCAAAUAAAAAAGCACAAAUG